UAUCCAAAGCAAGAACAAUUCAUUAAUAAAAGAUGUUGGGCGAUUUCUUGAACGGAUUGCUUGUGUUGAUCUUUGGAUAUGCAUAUCCAGCGUUUGAAUGCUUUAAAAUGGUGGAGAAGAAGAGAGUUGAGAUGGAUGAACUCAGAUUUUGGUGUAAAUAUUGGAUCCUCGUUGCUUUCAUUACAGUUAUUGAGAGGAUAACAGAUAUAUUCAUUUCCUGGUUGCCCUUGUAUGGCGAAAUGAAGCUUGGAUUAUUUAUCUACCUAUGGUACCCUAAAACCAAGGGAACCAAUUUUGUUUACGACACGUUCUUGAGGCCUUACAUGGCGGAACAUGAAACCGAAGUGGAUCGAAAGAUCAUGGAGCUGAGAGCUCGAGCAUGGGACGUUUUUACGCAUUACUGGGCAAACUGCUCAGAAAUGGGAUUGGCAAAAUUCUUCGAGAUGUUCCAAUACAUUGCGGGCCAAACUGCGAAGUUCAAUCAAGGAAAACCAGCUAGCUGUAAGAAGUAUGAGGAACGAAGUUUCAAUAUUCCGCCACCACCUUCUCCGAACGGUUUACGGAGUCCGAUGGCGAGGAACAGGGGGCCAUCAACACUGAGCCGAGUCAACUUUGUAGAUUCACCGAGGUUCGGCCAGCAACCGGAUAGCCCGUCGACGUACGAGUUCGACAACGACGACGACUCGAUCCCGUAUUCCCCAAGCAACUCCAGGCUCCAACAAGCUCGUUCCAAGCUCCGACGCACCAAACCACAAGAUGAGUAACUUGGGAAGGAAGCC